AUGUUUCGCCCAAUUGUAUUCCUCAGCCUGCUGGUUGUUUCGAUGACCUAUAAUAUUAAGCCGCUGAUCAAAGAUGGUUUGCCAGGUUUUACGGAUAUUACAACAGCACCUUUCCUAAAGAUUGGAGAAGGCUAUUAUUAUAUUGAGACUCAGUUGGAAAAGAAUUGGUACGAUGCCUAUGAAACUUGCCGUUUGAUUGGCGCGGAGCUUAUUGCAUUUGAUUCAAUUAAAGAAUGGGAGUUGGUAAAUCAAUAUCUCAGAGAUAUGAAAAUUGCGAAUCAACCUUACUGGACCUCUGGGACGGACUUAGCCAAUCAAGGAAAACAUCUUUGGUUCUCAAAUGGUCUUAGUAAUAUCUUUAAUGAGAUUUGGUAUCCAGGUGAACCCAAUAAUGAAGGAGGUAAUGAGCACUGUGAUGAAUUCCCCUUCCACCUAGGUAAUGACACAUCUGGCAGAACCGGAUUAAAUGAUAAAAAUUGCUAUGAAAAGAGAAGAUAUAUUUGUGAGGCGCCUCAGCCCAAAACCGCUUCAUUUAUAAUAUGGUAAAUAAUCAUAUAUAAUAACAACAAA